CCCGGCGCGGGUGUCCCGCAACCCUCGUUUUUACAGGGAAGAAAAUGUUUCGCUCUCGUUCACAGGCUUUCAUCGGAAUCGCUUUUAAUUCUUUACUUUUCACGGUGCCAUUGGAAGAUUUUCAGUUUAAGAGACGCUAUAGUAAAAACUUGUCGUGUAUUGGGUGAUUUUAGCUUUAAAUCGAACAUAUUUAUACAAGAACCAUGCCCAAAUCUAAGAAGAGGAACAGCAAGGGUGUCCCAGGAGGACAGCAUGGACCGCUGCAGCCUUUCAGUGAUGAGGACGCUUCAGUCGAGACACUUAGCCACUGCAGCAGCUUCAGCGAUGCUACCAGUGUGGCAGAGGAAGGAGGAGACGCUGAGGUUUCGGCUCAAGAUGAUUUUGAGUUCAAGCUGAAGGUUUACAUCGAUUCCACAGUUGACAAAAGUGCUAAAACCAGGCAAGGUGCCCUUGAUGGAUUAAAGACUGCCAUGGCAACCAAAAUCCUGCACGAGUUCAUUUUGGAGAGGAGGAUGACUAUCACAGACGGCAUUGAACGCUGCUUGAAAAAAGGUAAAGGAGAGGAGCAACGUGCGGCCGCCUCGCUGGCUUGCCUCUUGUGCAUUCAGCUGGGUUCAGGGAUUGAGAGUGAGGAGGUGUUUAAGACCCUCAAACCUAUAUUUAAGACCAUCCUCAGUGAUGGAUCAGCAAACAUCCAAGCCAGACAGGCUUGUGCAACGAGUCUGGGCCUCUGCACGCUGGUAGCAGAAGAUGAUAUAUUGGAUAUUUAUGCCACUAUGGAGUGUUUCGAGAGCCUGUUUACUCGCUCGUACGUGCGUGAGGAUGGAAGCAGGCCCUCUCUGAGCCCUCCGACCGUUCAGCUCCAUACCAACGCACUGCUCUCCUGGGCUCUGCUGCUCACCAUCUGCAGCAGCAGCCACAUCAAAGCCAUCAUUCACAAACAUCUGGCCAAGCUGCCGAGGCUGCUGGAGAGCGAAGAUGUUAACAUGCGCAUUGCAGCUGGGGAGACGAUCGCGCUGCUGUUUGAACUUGCUAGAGAUGUUGAUGCGGACUUUGACUGUGAAGACUGGGAGGUGCUGUGCAGCAAACUGAGCGCUCUGGCCACUGACUGCAAUAAACACCGUGCCAAGAAUGAUAAGAGGAAGCAGAGGUCUGUCUUCAGGGAUGUGCUUAAAGCUGUGGAGUAUGGAGAGUUCGAGACCGAGACAAUCCGGUUCGGUACAGAGCGCAUGAUCAUCGACAGCUGGGUGAGGAAGAGGACCUAUGAUGCCUUCAGAGAGUUUGUGGGCUCUGGCAUGAAUUACCACCUACAGGCAAAUGAGUUCAUCAGAGAUGUGUUUGGACUGGGACCAGCCCUGCUGAUUGAUUCUGCUGCCCUGAAAGCUAUGAAAAGUUCCAGAUUGGAGAGGCACUUCUACAAUGCUGCUGCAUUCAAGGCUCGCACCAAGGCAAGAAACCGAUUCCGUGACAAAAGGGUGGAUGUGGGUGAAUUUUAGGGUCCUGGUUUUUCAUUAACCAUGUAGUCCUUACUUGGUCCAGUUGCUUUUGUGUUUCCUAUUUUCCUAUUUAUAUUAUUAUUAUUAUUAUUAUUAUUAUUAUUAUUAUUAUUAUUAUUAACCAUUAUAUUCUAAUGAAUAUGUAUUUGUGUAUUGUGUUCCCUUUUGGCCAUUUUGUGUAUGUGGUCAUUUUUGAUGAAAUUGUAGAACCAAGAGUCUGGAACUAUUGCAUAUACCACAUCAAAAUGUUGUUUUUGUCAAGUGAUGUGACCAAUAAAAUAAAUUUAUUAGAAGUUA